AUGGGGGGGACCGGGAGGGGGGGCAGGGAAAAGAGGACGCGAGGAGAAUGGACGGAAGGUGCGAGGAGCGAGCAGCGAGGAGGUGGUGAGAAAGCCCGGGAGGAGAGGGAGAAGGGUGGAGAGAAGACGGGGAGAAAGGGUAGGAGAACGGCUGGGAAGCGGAGGAGAGGACGGCAUGAAGAGGCUGGGGAGAUCCUCCUGCAGAGACUGGAACCGGCUAGGAUGAGGGAUGAAGCUGGGACGGCGGGGAGAAGGGAGGUGCAGAGCGGAGGGGAAGGGAGGGCGAGGGAGCGAGAGGACGCGGGCAGGGGCAAGAAAGGGCGAGGGGAUGGAAGAGGACGGGAAGGAAGAGAAGGAUGCGGAGGACUGGACGGCAGGACCGGGUCGGGAGACGCGUCUGGGAGACGGGAAGAGAAGCAGGACGAGGGGAGGACGGCGCAGGCCGGGAUCCGGCGCCGGGCCGGGCCGGGCCGGGCCGGGAAGUGA